GUCGCCAUCAGCGUUUCUAACUCAACUCUUAACAGGGUAUAAUGUUACUUUUCGUUUUGUAGGGAGGAGUCAGACGUUAUUUUCUUUAUUAAAGCGACAUGUUUAUUGAAUUAACAGUAAUUAUACAACAUGUAUCGCACCACGUAUCCAUGAUGUAGUAUAUGCAGGUUGUAGACGUAAAGCUUUGGUUCGGUAACAAGAUCAUUUUCGGGUAAAAAAAAAAAGAUCGAAGGAAACUGACGGAACAGGAAGGCGGAACAAGAUCACAGCCUGAGUCGAAACAAAUACCAAAAGACAGUCCAUAACAAAAAAUCUACGCUGGUUGUUUACACAACCUUUUGACUGCUUCCAUUUCAACAGUAAAUAAUCCACCUGACGCAUUCAAACAAAUCCUCCCGGUGCCACAUGCAACCAUGUCCAUGGCCCUGAAACAAGUCUUCAACAAAGACAGGACAUUCCGGCCCAAGCGCAAGUUUGAGCCCGGGACGCAGCGCUUCGACCUGCACAAGAAGGCCCAGGCAUCUCUGAAUGCAGGGCUAGACCUGAAGCAGGCCGUGCAGCUGCCCCAUGGCGAGGGCCUUAACGACUGGGUGGCCGUCCACGUGGUCGACUUCUUCAACCGCAUCAACCUCAUCUAUGGCACCAUUAGCGACUCCUGCACCGAUCAAACUUGCCCCGUCAUGUCUGGUGGGCCCAAAUACGAAUACCGCUGGCAGGACGAGCACAAAUACAAGAAGCCGACGGCACUGUCGGCCCCCAAAUACAUGAGCCUGCUCAUGGAUUGGAUUGAGGUACAAAUCAACAAUGAGAACAUCUUCCCCACCAACGUUGGUACUCCCUUCCCUAAGACCUUCAUGCAGGUGGCUAAGAAGAUUUUGUCUCGUCUGUUCCGGGUGUUUGUCCACGUCUACAUCCACCACUUUGACCGCGUGAGCCAGAUGGGGGCCGAGGCUCACGUCAAUACCUGCUACAAGCAUUUCUAUUACUUUGUAACAGAGUUCAACCUCACGGACCAUAAAGAGCUGGAACCUCUGAAAGAAAUGACCUCUCGAAUGUGUCACUGAGGGAGCAUGACUGACCGGUUGACACGCCGGACCAACACAUCCGUCCAUAUAGAAGACUGCAGAACAAAAAGAACAAACAAAUUAACAAAAGAGUCUAUUUUUAUAUUUAAGUACUGUAAUCUAUUUUAGCCACAUACUGUAGGUUUUAACCUUGUCAAAUGAGGUGUUCUGUUCUUUUUUUUUUUUUUUUAACAUUUUAUCAGAGCACAGUAUUAAGAGAUGUAUGUUUGUGUUGAUGCUUUUCUAUUUUUAUUUGAAUCUCAAUCAUUCCAGGAUGCUUUUUGGCUUUCUGUCUGUCUUAAAUUAGCAUUUCUUACUGUACAUCUAUAAAAUCAAUGUUGUUACAUUAAAUGAUUCUCUACUGUUACAAUUGGAAUUUGAAAAUUGGUAUUUAAAUUAAAACUGACUGGUUCUCCUUUCAGAAGUUAAUAGUACUGGGCUAAAGCCUAACUUAAUUCCUGUCCCAGAUGUUUCUGUUUUUCUGAGGGGUUUUACCACUCACAUCUGAACAAUCAUUGCAGUAGUAUUUUUUCAGGCAGAGAAAGUAUUGUGUACAAAUGUUAAAAUGAGAAAAAUAAAGUUUCUGAGAGA